AUAUCCUUGGUGCUACAUAAGUUGAACGCUGCUAACGAAGCCUGGCGCUGUAAUACAGGCUAUUGACAAAAUGCUGAGCCACACUCUGUGUGCUUUCCUUUGGCGGCACUUGUACAAUUUCAAAUUUGAAGCCCACCAAUUCUCUUCUGCUUUUCAACCCUUUUUCUACUUCUCUCACUUAUAAUCUGGGAAGCACAGGUGCGCGUGCGGGAGUGCGCAGUGCGGGGAUACGGGAAUUCUAACGGAGGGAGUAUUUAUAAUUACACAAACUGAAGCAGCCAAGCCCAAGCCCAAUGCCAACAUUAUCAUUACGACUAACACUCUGAUAUACAUAUACGGUAACAUAAACUUCUGUGUUUUUACAACCGGUGGAGAACCCGUUUGUGUUUUUGUUUCGUUUUAAUCUGCUGUGAAAUGACCGAUAUUGCCCUUCCCGCACCGCAUCUCCCGCACCCCCACGUAUCGGUCACCGAAAUUCGCCGCUACGCCACCUGGCGCACCCCCAGCCGCACUGCGCCGCACUGCUGCGCACCCCCGCACGGUGCGCGCACCCCGCUGCGAUUCUUUGGGAGUCUGGCGUAUCCCUGCUUCACAGCUUAUAAUCAACAACCCCUUGUAUCUUCUUCCAAGCUUUUCAGUUGCAGACCUUCUUCAUCAAUGGCUGACAUUCAAGAUUCUUCACUAUAUUUAAAAAAGGAAAGUGGUGAAGCUGUUCAUGGGUUGUCGGAAACAGUUGUUGGUGUUUUGGGAGGAGGUCAAUUGGGUCGAAUGUUGUGUCAGGCAGCAUCGCAAAUGGCGAUUAAAGUUGUUAUUUUGGACCCGUUGGAGAAUUGCCCGGCUAAUACUUUAGCAGAUUACCAUAUGGUUGGAAGCUAUAAUGAUAGUGCCACAGUCGAAGAAUUCUCUAAAAGAUGUGGAGUAUUGACGGUUGAAAUAGAGCAUGUUGAUGCCGACAUUCUGGAGAAACUUGAACAACAGGGUGUGAAUUGUCAGCCUAAAGCCUCCACAAUCCGAAUUAUUCAGGAUAAAUAUCUUCAGAAAGUCCAUUUUUCAAAACACGAUAUACCACUUCCUGAAUAUAUGCAGCUGAAUGAUAUUGAAAGUGCUAGAAGAGCAGGUGACCAAUUCGGAUAUCCUCUCAUGUUAAAGAGUAGAAAGCUGGCUUAUGAUGGUCGAGGUAAUGCUGUUGCAAAAUCGGAGAAGGAGCUUGCUUCUGCUUUAAAUGCUCUUGGUGGAUUUUCUCAUGGUUUGUACGCAGAGAAGUGGGCACCUUUUGUAAAGGAGCUAGCCGUAAUUGUUGCAAGAGGAAGAGAUGAAUCUAUUAGCUGUUAUCCAGUUGUUGAAACUAUGCACAGGCAAGCAAAUAAGCAUAGGGAAAAUAUAUGUCACAUUGUCAAGGCACCUGCUAAUGUACCAUGGAAGAUCAUGAAACUUGCAAGUGAUGUUGCGCGCAGAGCUGUUAGCUCAUUAGAAGGUGCUGGCGUGUUUGCUGUAGAGUUGUUUUUGACUGCUGAUGGUCAGCUUUUACUGAAUGAAGUAGCUCCUAGACCUCAUAAUAGUGGCCAUCACACAAUCGAAUCGUGCUUUACAUCUCAAUAUGAGCAGCAUUUACGAGCAGUUGUUGGUCUGCCUCUUGGUGAUCCAUCAAUGAAAACUCCAGCUGCUCUGAUGUACAAUAUACUAGGAGAAGCUGAGGGAGAACCAGGUUUCAUCAUUGCCCAUCAGAUCAUAAAAAGGGCCUUGAAAAUCCCUGGAGCAAAUGUUCAUUGGUAUGACAAACCAGAAAUGCGAAAGCAACGGAAGAUGGGCCAUAUCACAAUUGUUGGCCCCUCAUUAGGCAUUGUUGUAUCUCAGUUGAUGUCAAUGCUAACGCAGGAAAGUACUGAUAAUCAGCCUGCAGCUGCUCCACGUGUUGGGAUCAUAAUGGGCUCUGAUUCAGAUCUUCCUGUAAUGAAGGAAGCAGCAAAGAUUUUGAACGAGUUUAAUGUGCCUGUUGAGGUGAGAAUAGUUUCAGCACAUCGGACCCCUGAAUUGAUGUUUUCUUAUGCUGCUUCUGCAAUGGAGCGGGGAGUCCAGGUGAUAAUUGCUGGUGCUGGUGGUGCUGCUCACUUGCCAGGCAUGGUAGCUGCAUUGACCCCCUUGCCAGUAAUUGGUGUACCUGUGCGGGCUUCAGCAGUGGAUGGACUUGAUUCACUUCUCUCAAUUGUGCAGAUGCCAAGGGGUGUCCCAGCCGCUACAGUUGCAAUAAACAAUGCCACCAAUGCAGGCCUUCUUGCAGUAAGAAUGUUGGGUAUCGGCGAUGCUAACCUAAAAGCAAGAAUGGCUCAGUAUCUAGAAGACACAAGAGAUACAGUAUUGGUAAAAGCAGAGAAGUUAGAAAAAGGCGGUUGGGAAGCUUACCUCAACUCUUGAUUGCUAACAAUCUUGCAAGUCAGCCCUGUUCUAUUAACUGAUAUUACAUGUGCAUAGUUCAAAGCCAAUUCAAACAAGACCGUCGAGAAAGUCCAUGAAAUCAUGGAUGACACGCACCCCGCAGAGAAAUCAUGGAUCACCGUCAUAGUCCUCCGGAAUGUAAUGACCUCUGGAGCAUAAUGUCAGGGAAUGGCCCAUCAUCCAUUCUCCAAACUCCAAAAUCGUGGCUGUUUUAUUGCCAACAUUUCAUAAAUGUGACACAGUAAUUCACGUAGUCACGAUGCCAAAACCAUAGAGAGGACAUUAAGCAGGAAACUUGUGUAUAUGGUCAGAACUUGCAAGGCUACAUGUUAGUUAUUGGUUAUCCCGGUCUUGACCGUUCUAAGAGCCUAACAUGAACAUCAAAUAUCUAUGACAUUGAUCCCCUGUAUUGUGAAUUAUUGACUAUCCACAUCCCUGCUUGUGUGAAUGACAUGAUUAAGUUUUGCGCGGAAAGGUCUCUUUCUUUGAUCUUAGUCAUCCAGAGAUCCCUAUUUGUUGGAUAUAGAGUUUGUUUAGUUGUAUUUGAACCAGAAGUCUAUUUACUCUCUUUUGUUGGGUUUAGCAAUAAGCAUAGAAUGCAUUCUUGAUCGUGAAUUGGCAUUGUACUUUUGAAGGUCCUCUCUGCCAGGUAGCUGCACAAACUUUGUAUUUGUGUCAUACUGUUGGUUUAGGUAGCUAGAUUAGUCUUAUAUCUUGAUUAUACUCGUCUAUUCCAUUUAAAGCUAGGGCAAGUUUAUACAAGUUUCUGCGGCCUGUUGUUUUGCCUACUAAAUAUAUUGGUUAAUUCUUUACUUGCGAAACGAUGUAUAUUGAGUGGAGAAAUAUUGGAUG